GAAUUUUAAACAGAAAUAAUUUAGGAAAAGCACACAAAAUUGUUAAUUUUAUUAAAAUAAAUGUUUAUUUAAUUUAAACAAUCUAUAUUCCGGGUCGGACUAGAACUAGACGGGUCAUAAGCCAUAUAUAUGAUCGAUUUCUAAACGGAAAUUAGAAUCAGAAACUGCAAAAUUGUUGUAUCCCAGUGGAGAUCUUUCACUCUCAAUCUCAACUUCCACAACACACCUUCUUCCCAUUGCCAUGUUCCGCAGGUCCAUUUUGCAAAUAUCAUCUCGCCCAACUCUUAAAAGAAACCCCAGACGUUUUGUAUACCAGCAGAUACCUUUACAUCUAUCUUCACAAAAGAAUUUCUCAACUGUGUCGAAACCAGGGGGUGCCUCAGCUUCUGGGUCUCCGGGCAAGCCACCUGAGUCUAAUGGCACCCUAUCCAAGUUUUUCAUUGGAAGUGUAGCUUUAGGUGCUGCUUUUCUGGCAGCUUAUCAAACUCAUUAUUUGGAUCAAUAUCUUAAGAAGGAGCAUUAUAGUGUUCUGCAGGAACCUCAUGUCAAUGCAACUAUUGAAGACUUGAAGAGUGUACAACAUUCAACGGACCAGUUAAUUUCACCUAGUGAGAAAUUUAACCACAAAAAUCCCACUGUAGAGAUUACAGAGCAGAAGAUUGAUGCCCAUUUUUCACAUCCAGAAAUUGUAGUAGAAGACCAAGUGGAUAAACCAAUUCCUGUGCAAGACAAAUCUGAUAUUGCUGAAGAUGUUACUGCCGCUGCCAAAGAAAACCAAUUGCCUGAAUAUCCUGAAAGCAGUCUAACAUCCGAUGAUCCAAGUAAAGAAUCUGUGACACAGUCUGAUGGGAUUAUUGGUAUACAAAGCACUGAGACAGUCAAUGCAAGAAUGGAAGAGGGAUAUCAUCAUGCAUCCACAUCUACACAGACCAGUCCAGAUGAAAAUGGGAUGAAAAAUAUUCAACCAGAGCAACUGGAAAUACAAGAAAUGGGGAGAAGAGAGAGUGCAUUAGGCAAAGAUAUAGAGCAACAACCUACCCUCCUAGAGGAGUAUCACUUGAGGAAUAAAUCAGAAAGAAGCCCUGCAACUUAUAUAUCUAGUCAUGACUUUACUGAGAAUAGCCAUUUUCCUGAAGGAAAAGAGGCACUUAAUGGUGCUAUGGAGGAGUUAAAAGAUGGUUACAUUUCUGAGAAUGGGAAACUGGUUCUUGAUUUCUUGCAAGCCAUCCAUGCUGCAGAGAAAAGGCAGGCUGACUUAGAUGCACAUGCUUUUAACGAAGAGAAGAAAGUGUUAAAGGAAAAAUAUGAAAAGAAGUUGAAAGAUGCAGCUGCCAGAGAACUUAUGCUCGCUGAGGAGGCUGCAAUGUUGGACAGGGAGCUAAAAAGAGAGAGAGCAAAAGCAUCCCUUGCUAUCAAGUCACUUCAAGAAAAGAUGGAAGAGAAACUGAAGACAGAACUAGAACAAAAGGAAAUUGAAACUGAUUUGAAGUUUAAACAAACUCAGGAAUUAGCAAAGGCAGAGUUAAAUGCAGCCAUAGCAAAUGAGAAGGCAGCUCAAAUUGAAAAAAUGGCUGAAGCAAAUGUUAAUAUAAAUGCCUUAUGCAUGGCAUUUUAUGCUCGAUCUGAAGAAGCUCGUCAAAGUCAUGCUACACAAAAUUUUGCUUUGAGAGCACUUGCAUUGGAAGAUGCACUAUCUAAAGGACUUCCAAUUGAGACAGAAAUAGCAUCUUUGCAGUCUUAUCUUGGAGGCAUAGAUAAAGAUUCAGUUUUGGAUUUGGUGCUAGCAUCCCUUCCUGAAGAAACACGAAGCAACGGCACAGACACACAACUGCAGUUAAAGCAGAAGUUUGAUGCCUUAAAAGGUAGUGUAAGACACUUCAGCUUCUUCCCACCGGGAGGGGGAGGUAUGUUGGCACAUUCUUUGGCACAUGUAGCAUCCUGGUUGAAGGUUAGGGAAGACAAUCAAUCUGGUGAUGGGAUCGAAUCUGUGAUCAAUAAAGUUGAAGUUUAUUUGGCAGAAGGAAAACUUGCUGAAGCAGCAGCUUGUCUAGAAGAAAGUGUGAGAGGCACACAAGCUGCAGAAAUUGUUGCAGGUUGGGUGAGGCAAGCAAGAAACAGGGCUAUUUCUGAGCAAGCAGUGCUGCUUCUUCAAUCCUAUGGCAAUUCCCUUAGCUUUACAUGAUUCUCAAAUUUUGAAUAUUUACAAAACCAUGUGAAUUCAAUACAUGGCAGAGAUUAUCUUUGGCGGAUUAUUCCAACGGGAAUUAUUGACCUAUGAGGAAAAAAAAUAACGUUUUUGUUUCAUAGGAGCAGAAAUUAGUUGAUUCUGUGAAUUCUAUGCAACUCCAGUGGCAUUGGAGUUUUGACCGAAGUGAUAUCAGGCUCUGUAUAAUUUUGCCUUUUGUUUUACCUGAAUAACAGAAAUGUUGCAUUGCAACAUAUUGAAAUUUCAAUAAUAUAAUAUACCCCAGGCGAUCAGGACAAGGUUGGACGUCA